GAACGAUAGUUCCCAGGGCCUCUUGUCUUUUUGAUUGUGUUCUAUGUUGACAAUGUGGUAUUCAAAGGAAGAAAAAUAGAAAGAGGAUUGCCAUCUAUAAUUGGAUGGACAACUCAGAUUCUGAACAAAAGAGAAAAGGAAGAGAUACAAAGUGGAGGGUUCGGAUUCGGAUACAUAGAUGAACCAAAUCAAGGAACACUUGCAAACCCACAUUUGAUUCAAAAUGAAGGAGAAAUUGAAAAGGCAAAUGUGGGAGAAAGCAAUGAGCAGCCAAAUAAGGAUAUCAUGAAAGAAUUUGCUUCAGCAGCAAAGCACUUGGCUGAUAGCAUAGCAAACUUUGAUGAAAAGUUUCAAGAAGCUGCAAAGGUGUUGCCUGAUGAUGAUAAAAUGAAGGUUCUGCUUGGAAAAGUCCAUGGACUCUUCAACACAUACUCAACAGAACCACGAACAUCUGAAAAAGAAAUAUCAUUGACGCCUGAUGAUGACUUCUGGACUGAGGAGGUUUUAAGGGCAGUUGAAGCUAUUGAAAAGGCUCAGAAAAAAAGAAAUGACAGGCCUACAUUGACACAAUAUGAAAAGCCCAGCUUCAGACUGCUUUCACAAGAAUCAAAUGAGCAUAUUGAUCUUUCUGAGCAUGAAGAACAUCGGAAUGAGUAUGUGCAUGAGGUUGAUGAGCAUGAAGCUGAAGAAGUGAAUGUGGGUUUAGAAGCUAGUCGUGUGACUGAAAAGGGAAAGCAAGUUUGUAUUGAAGAAGAAGGUAAUUGUCACGAAAAUGUAGUGAAAGAAAAAAGAAUACAACAGCGAACCCCUGCCCUCAAGUCACCGUUUGUGAUAAGGGUUACAGAAAUAAAGUGCGGAAUAACUACUGAAGAAGUCAAACUAGCUCAAUUUAUCUUUGACGAGAAGUCUGAUAAAACGGAUGUGUUAUACAAAGAAAAAGAGCUGAUGCUUUCGAGAAGUGAGAUGGACAGUUUGAACAUCAACUGUAAAGUCAGUCCACUGCUCAAAGAUUUAUGGGCUAUGAUUUUGAACGAAAAUGAGAAGUUGAAAAGCACUGAAUCAAGGAAUAGAUUGAUAUUCACGACAUUGCCAUGUAGAGUAUUGGAGGAAAAUCAGCUUAGUGCUCCAGCAACUCGAAAUAGCAGGUUUAUUGCAAGUACACGGAAACAAUUCAAGAGGACAUUGCCCAAAGUGAAGAACAUGGACUUGUUUAUCUUCCCAACUGAACAGAAUGGUAGCUACUACCUUGUGUGCUUUGAUUUGAAGUACAUGAAGUUCUUAAUAAUUGAUAGCUGUGACGUGGAAGUAUCAAUACAAAUGAAGUACUUUUCACUACCAUGGCAACUGAAAAGUGCUGUUUUGAAAUGGCUGAAAGAAGAGAAGCAUCAACAUGCAGAAAAAGUGAAGACUAUGAAGCCAGAGAUAGUAAGAAUGGGAUGGAGAAACAAAAAAAUAAAGCCAAUGAAGGAGUCUACCUUAUGAGACAUAUGGAAACUUAUAAUGGAGAAACUGAGUGGGAGUGUGGCCUAGAAAAAGAAAAUGAAAAGCCCAUUCAGAUCUUGAGGUUUAAGUACUUGCACAAGAUGUUGACAUUUCAAAUGAAUGAAGUCAGGGGAGAUGUGAUGUCAAAAGUGAAGGAAAUGUAGUGCUUCUAUGAUGAAGAAAGACUUAGUUUAAUCUCAAGUAUAAAUGCUUCCAUGGUUUCUUUUGUGAAUCUCUCAGACAUGUUGUUAUGUAUGCUGUUAUGGUUUCAUUUGAGAUCAAACAUGUUUUGUUUCUGUUAAUGACAUUAUGGUGA